CGAGUCACCGACAAGACACAGGAUGGAGCGCGGAUUGCACGAUCGUGAUCGCGCUGGUGUACAAGACUUUGUGCUACUCGAGAACAUUCAAAGUGAAGAGGCAUUUAUUGGAAAUUUGCGCAAACGUUUCCAAGAGAACCUAAUCUAUACUUAUAUCGGUCAAGUACUUAUAUCAGUUAACCCUUAUAAACAACUGCCAAUCUAUGGUGAUGACGAUAUCAAAGAGUAUCGCAACAAACACUUCUACGAGAUACCACCACAUGUUUUCGCAAUAACGGAUAAUGCCUUCCGGUCAUUAAUUGAAGAGAAUAAAGGCCAAUGCGUUCUAAUUUCCGGCGAAAGUGGUUCUGGCAAGACUGAGGCAUCCAAGAAGGUAUUGCAAUACAUUGCGGCCUGCUCCGGUCAUCAGUUCACUGUUGAAAGUGUUAAGGAAAAAUUACUAAAAAGUAAUCCGGUGUUGGAAGCUUUCGGAAAUGCGAAAACCAAUCGCAAUAUCAACUCUUCGCGUUUUGGCAAAUAUAUGGAUAUACAAUUCGACUUUUACGGUACACCGAUCGGUGGACACAUUCUCAAUUAUUUGUUGGAGAAAUCACGUGUGGUUAAUCAAAAUGGUGGUGAACGUAAUUUUCAUAUUUUCUAUCAACUGCUGGCUGGCGCUAGUGAAGAGCAAUUGAAGCAGCUGGAGCUGACACGCUCUUUGGACCAUUAUAACUACCUAAGCGACGGGCAAAAUGGUGUGGUAAAGGGCAUAGACGAUGCCGGCGAUUUUAAGGUGGUGCAACAGGCCAUGACCGUUAUCGACUUCAAGCAGUCUGAGCAAAAUGAAAUAUUCAAUAUUAUAGCUAGUGUCUUGCAUUUGGGCAAUGUGAGCUUCACCGAAGCCGAAGGCAUUGCGAAGGUUGAAAAAUCCGCGACCGUCACCACGAUCGCCAAAUUGCUAAAUGUAGAUCAGAAGGACUUGCACGCGGCGCUUACAAAUCGCACAAUCGAUGCACGUGGCGAUGUGGUCACUUCGCCUUUGAACCGUGAUUUGGCCAUUUAUGCACGCGAUGCGCUAGCAAAGGCCAUCUAUGAUCGUCUGUUCACUUGGCUGGUGCAGCGCUUAAAUAUUUCGCUACAGGCUAAGGAUUUGCGCGGCGCUCUCAACAAUGUGAUAGGUAUUUUAGAUAUCUAUGGCUUUGAGAUCUUCAAGAAGAAUAGUUUCGAACAAUUCUGCAUUAAUUUUUGCAAUGAGAAGCUACAGCAAUUGUUUAUUGAGCUCACAUUGAAAUCUGAACAGGAUGAAUAUCGUCGCGAAGGCAUUGAAUGGGUGUCAGUCGAGUAUUUCGACAACAAAGUCAUUUGCAAUUUGAUUGAGGAGAAAUACAAGGGUAUCAUAUCUAUAUUGGAUGAAGAAUGUCUGCGUCCAGGUGAACCCACUGAUAUCACAUUCUUGGCUAAACUCACCGAUAAACUGUCAAAACAUCCGCAUUACAUUUGUCAUGAGAAAUCUUCAACGCAAGUGCAAAAGACAAUGGGACGUGAUGAAUUCCGUUUGGUGCACUAUGCUGGAGAUGUCACUUACAAUGUUAACGGUUUCCUCGAUAAAAAUAACGAUCUUUUAUUCCGUGACUUGAAGGAGACGAUGAGUAAAUCAGAUAAUGAAAUUAUACGCUCUUGUUUCCCAGCGGCAGAGUAUAAGAACAAGAAACGCCCAGACACGGCUAUCACACAGUUUAGGAAUUCCUUGAAUAAUCUUAUGGAGAUCCUUAUGUGCAAGGAACCAUCUUAUAUACGUUGCAUCAAGCCAAACGAUCAGCAACUGCCAGGAAUCUUUGACGAUGAACUGGUUCUGCAUCAAGUGAAGUAUUUGGGUUUGAUGGAGAAUUUGCGCGUACGCCGUGCUGGUUUCGCUUAUCGCAGAACUUAUGAAACGUUCCUCAACCGCUACAAGUCGCUCAGCAAAACCACCUGGCCGAACUUCAAGGGUUCAGCUAAAGAAGGAGUGCGCAUACUUGCCAACGAUUUACACUAUGGUCCCGACGAUUAUCGUUUGGGUGAAACGAAAAUUUUCAUACGCUUCCCCAAGACACUAUUUGACACAGAAGAUGCCUUCCAAGCUAAGAAACACGACAUUGCUGCCAUAAUACAAUCGCGAUGGAAGGGUCUUGUACAACGUCGAAAAUACCUCAAAUUACGCGAGCAAAUCAUUACAUUACAAUCAUAUUGCCGUCGUUACUUGGCCAUAAAAGCGCGCCAGCGUCGACGUGAUGCAGCCACCAAGAUACGCGCUUUCAUCAAAGGUUUCAUUACACGCAACGAUGCACCGAAUGGUUACAAUGACGAAUUCAUUGCAAACAUGAAACGUAUGUGGCUAUUGCGUCUGGCCAAACAGCUGCCCACCAAAGUUCUGGAUCAAAGUUGGCCUUCCGCACCGGUACACUGUCAGGAGGCAUCCACCUAUCUGCAUCGCUUGCACCGUUUGCAUUUGGCGCGCAAAUAUCGCUUAAGCUUGUCGAGCGAACGCAAACGCCAGUUCGAGUUGAAGGUGCUGGCCGAGAAGCUGUUCAAAGACAAGAAGGCUAACUACUUGGCCAGUGUGCCAUAUUGGUUCCAGAACGAUCGUAUACUCAAGGAACACGCAGCAGAAAUCAAUAAUUUUGUUGCCAAUUCGUUGAAUAGUGAGAGCCUGAAAUAUGCAUCGCCAUGCACAAAAUACGAUCGUCACGGCUACAAGCCGAGAGAACGUUUCGUGUUGCUUAGCAACAAGGCCUUCUAUGUUUUAGAUGGUAAGAGCUACAAGCAGAAACAUCGUUUGCCAUUGGAGAAAAUCGAUUUUGUUGUCACAAAUCAUAGUGACAGCCUGCUGGUCAUACGUAUACCACUCGAGUUGAAGAAAGAUAAGGGCGAUUUAAUACUGGAAAUACCAUAUAUCGUUGAGUUUGGCACCAUCGUAGUGGACACAGUCGGCACAGCCAAUAUAUUUAGCAUCGUUAGCCGCGAUUCCUUGGAGCACCAUGUGGUUAAAGGCAAGGGCGGCGUUAUCGAUAUUCAGACCGGUGGCGAACCAGGCAUCGUACGUGAUAAGGGUGGUCAUCUUGUUGUCAUUGCUGGACAAUAAAUAAGGGAUAAAAGUACUAACCACCUUUAAAAUGAAAUCAGGGCUUUAAAACAAUGGAUGUAUUUUUUAUAUAGUUUGUUAUACAUAAAUUAUUAGUAAUUGUUAUCUGAACUUUUGCUGCAGAUUCAUUCCAGAUUUUAUACAAUUUUUUAACUUUACACUUAUACAAACGAUUUUUAUUGUAUGCGAAAAGUAUUUACUAA